GCUGGAGCUCCUCCUGAGUGUGUGUGGAUUUACUCUGGAUGUUUUUAACUGUUUAGGUCUGAACUGAAGAGCUUCACACAUCAGGGACCUGACAACAAGACGAAGAGUGAGACAGAAAGACCGAGAAUCCUCCAGAGAAACAGAGACAGAGGAGCUGACAUCUAACCACCAAACACAUCUGCAGGUAUGGAUUAAUAAACUAACUAAGACAGGACUACGGGGCUUUUUUCAUCUUAGACCGUCUGUUAGUAUAAAUGAGCCGUUAUUAAAGACUGUUCACAUCCGUUUUUAGACUGAUAAGAGUUUAUGUCUAACUUUGGCGGGGAGCGAGCGGAAGGACUUUACGGUAAAAUAAAGGUUAAAAAGUGUCCGGAGUAAAGAGAAUGAAGAGGUUAUAAACACUUAAGUUAAAUUAUGACAGGAUCUGAUCACACUUUUGUUUCCUAAUCAUCAGUUUAGAUGAAAAAAUAUUUGCAAAACUCAACAUCUUUCAAGUUAGCGAACGUAGAUAUGAUACUUCCGGAAGUUACCUUUCAAAAUAAUUGCACAAACUUGGUGAACGAGUUGUUUCUGCAUUAUUUUUUUAUUAUUUUAACUUCUUAGUUAUAAAGAUACACACUUAAUUAUGUUUUUAAUAGUUUAAAAUCUAUAUUUCUGCUUCGUUUACACACACGGACACGCAGUUCCAGCAGUUUUCCUGAAUGAUCAUUAAUCAAGUUUUAUUUUGAAGGCAGCUUUACUCAUUCACCGGUUAGAUAUUGACUCAUUAUUGGUGUUUUAACAUUGUUGAAAACCUAGAGCUGUUCUGCAAAUUUGCUUUUAGAGUUAAAUUUAGUAAAGACAGAGAAGUGGAGGAUUUGAAGAAGCUGAUCGAACUUGUUCGUGUGGAUCAGGUCUCUCUCUCUCUCUCUCUCUCUCUCUCUCUCUCUCUCUCUCCUGAACACACACAGAGCUGAUAUUUCCUUCUCUGCUCAGACUGUUGAUCACUGUCACAUGUGAUGGCAUGUCUUCUGGUGCCCACAUGAAACCACACCCAUGUUUGGCUGGUUGUCGUUCUGGGUUUGCGCCAUCAUCAUUGAACAUCUGUGUCUGAUGAUGAUCAAACCUGAGGUCGGUAAAGAUCCUGCUCAGCCUCUCUCUCUCUCAGGUGUUUCCUCAUCUUUACCUGCAGCAGGUGAGAAUCACAGACAGACAGACGGAGAGAGAGAGAGAGAGCAGUGAGCCCUGAGGGACACUUCCACAGAUCCACCUACUGAGACACAGAAAAGACGAGUUAUUCUGGUAAUACUGCAGAAAAUGAGCGAGAGGACUGAGCUGAAGCUGACUGAAAUAACUGCCUGUUCAACGUCUCACCCAAUAAAUAAAACUUAGUUACUGUUUUUCUCUUGCUCUAUUAUUAUCAGUAUUACCUGUUAUUAUCUUAUUAUCAUUGUUGAUAUCAGCUUUUAUAUUUACCGUCCUGUUUCCACUUUCGACACCCUUUUAACUGCAUUUUCUUAACUAUUUUAUGUUUUUAUUUUGUAAGUAAGUAAACUUUAUUUUUUUAGAACUUUUCACAGACAAAAGAGUCACAAAGUGCUUCACAUAGACAAAAAUCAAAAUGUACAUACAAAUUAAAAGGCCAAGAAAACAACAUGAAACAGUCAUAUCAGCCCCAAAAACAAUUAAAGAAAGGCCUGAGAAAAUAAAUAAGUUUGGAGCUUUAUAAGGAGUCAAUUAAGCACAGAGAGAGAGAGAGGAGGAUCAGGGUCUCAUGUUAUGUUGCACGGUUCUUGGAUUGUCUGGGUUCCUUAUGACGAAUGAAAAUGUGCUAUACUAAAUUAUUAUCAUUAUUAUAAUUCAGAGUACUGCUUCUCUUUAAUGACCUUAUAUCAGGACUGUAACGACCUCUCGUUUUCAUACUUUCGUCCCUGUAUUUACAGCUCAGAACAAAAAUCCUGUUUUAAAGAUGCUGCUAAAAUUCGGCGUCCUUCUCGUGGUUCAGGGUGACGGUCGGGAAAGUUGCUGACUCUGAAUAAAACAGCUGCCAACGAUGCUUCCUCUGCAGAGAAGGAUGACAGUCACUCUGGGAAACUGUGGUUUUGUUUUUGUCUCAAACCUUUUUUGGUUUGUUCUCUAAAGCUCUUCUGAGAAGUCUUUGUUUUUUGUCAGCAGAACAGCUGAUCAUUUAAAGUCCAUUUUGACAUCUUUGUCAUGUCUUUGUAAUUUACAUUCAUCAGACCUGACAAACCUGUACCUCGCAGAGUGUUGCACAGCCGAAACUGUGUCUGUCUCCCCCGACCAUUACUGAGCGUGCUUGAAGCUGUUUCCCUGAUGAGCCGUCGACUCUCAGAAAUGCUGUUUUCUCUUCAGGCUCUUUACACCAACACUGUGAAUCUGAGCGUUUUUAUCGACUGUGUGUUCUUCUGUAACUCGUUUUAAUUUGAUAUUAUGUCCUAAUUGUUUUAUCUCAUGAUUGUCUUUGUUUUCAUGUUAGUAACCAAAAACAAACUUAGAGACUGGAGUUGGAAACUAGUGAUAGCGAGGGCUGGGCGAUAUGGGAAAAAGUUUAUCACGAUGAAUUUUGUUCAUAUCAGCUGAUAUCGAUCAAUAUCAGGAUAUAAAAAUCUAACAGUGUUUAUUGGUCUCAUGUCUUUUCCAACACAAUAAUCUCCUGCAUCUGUGAGGUCUUUGUGUCUCUUUGGCGUUUUGUCGUAAGGCGUCGCUCUAGAGAAAGCCGACUGAAAGGUCGUCUGUUUCAGGCGCCACGGGCUCCUCGCUCCUCUCGGGGUUUGUAACCUUUGGCGUUGCGCGUGCUCUGCGGCGUGGCGCUGCUUCAGGUGGUGAAAAAGAUUUGAGGUAUUCCCCGACUUUGUGAGAACAUGUACUCGACAUAAUUUACAGUCCACAUUACUCUGCUUCAUGUCCGACCUCCAAAAACCAAAAUACCUCCACACCACCGACGUUUUCCUAACGCCAGUGUUGUGGUUGACAUUGAUGUGGUCAUCUGUUGAGCCUUCAUGGUCAUUUCUGUCGGGGGUAGCACUCAUUUUCUUUGUUUCUCACCAACAGUGCUGUCGGCUUCACCUGUUAAAGUGCUAUGGUUGGGUGGAGCUGCUGUCUGCUACGACGCUGCAGUUGGUUGAUACUUGGUUCUAAUUCAGAACAUGAUUGGUUCAGACCCGGAGAAACUCCCCUUUUCAUUGGCUGUUGGUAUAGUCGACCAAAACAUGUCAGAAUGACGACUAUUGAAAAGGAUAUUGAUCAUGUUUUAUAUUGAUAUUGAAGGAAAUUAAUUUUCAGUAUUUACCGUUAUGGUUUUAUCGUCCAGCCCUAACGAUAGCUUUAAUCUCUGUAUGUAAAACAGAAGUUCCUGCAGCAGUUUGAAUAUGUAAAGUUUCAUCACAGAGUCACUCCAAGUCUGUCACACUUCCAGGAGAUCGACCUCUUCAGUCAGGAAGUUUCAGCUGCUGUUGUGUGAAGAUUACAGACAACAGAGAGGUCGUUAUUAAGACCACCUCUUUUAAGGAGUGGUCUUUUUUACAGACCCCCUCCUCAUCCUCUCCGGCUCGUUGUUCCCAGAACCCUCACCUGUAGCAGGAGCAUCAUGAAGCUGUAUCUGCAGCCCACCUCAGUUUCUCUGGGGGUGCAGCUCCUCCAGGACUGAGCAUGCUCAGACCGAGAAGUAGGGACUGCAGACAGACCCCAGUGAGCCACAUUAUCACCUGAUGUUACCAGAACCACAGAGCUAAUGUGUUUAAUGAAAUCCUGAGUUACGGUGUCUCAUGGUCAGAGUGUGCAGAGUUCACUGUCAGACUGUCGUCGAACACGAGUUUGACUUGUUUUGUUUAACACACGAGAAAGACGCACAUUGUCCCACUUCUCCCAUCUGACGCUGACUCAUGUCGCAGGCAUGCAGUCUCUCUGAAGUGAGGAAGGUCAGCGCAGUUUCUGUAAGCACCCCGCCGGGUCACGUCCUCUCAGGGUCCACGUCCAGUCUUCCAGCUCAGAGUUUUCAAUCACUCUCUCUCUUUACUCUGUUGUCAGUUGGUUAAGAAGACAAACGCUCCGUCAGUCAGCAGAUGGUUUCACAACACUGUACAUGAUACAGGAAGUGGUAUUCUCAAACUCAACCUCAAACAUCUCUUCUGCACGGGCUUUUCUGUGAGGGUCUGAGGGUCUUUGUUGAAGCCAACACAACCCCUGUAUCUAAAACCACGAGGAAGUUCUGGUUGAGGGGGGCUCAUUUGUGUCCUGUCCUCCUGUAAUCCGAGCCGUCUGGAUCAGAAACUGUUCUGACCCGUUUGUUUCAGUCUAAAGAAAAAAAAAGUUUGUCGUCGCUGCUUCCUUUUUCAGAGGCUGUCGCACUUUGUUGAGCUUUUUUUAAGUUCCCAGAUGAGACACUCAGUAGACCUGCAGACACACACACCCACACACACACACACACACACACACACACACACACACCUACACAAACACACACACCGAGUAAAUACAGGCAUGUCUCUUACAUCAUGUGUUUGCUUUGCUGGUAAGUUCAACACAAACAUGACAGCAGAGUUUGUGAUCAUCAAACUGACGUACGAUUAAUGAGGCGAUUAUCUAAUGUAUAUUUGACUUAUGUGUGUGUGUGUGUGUGUGUGCGCGUGCAUGUUGGAGGAGUGUGUGAUAGAGAAUAUCCUUUUAACUAAUCCUGAAGUAACUCCAGUAUUAUCAGCUCUGUCCGCUGUGACCUCUCGGACCGGUUUGAACCGUCCUCUUCUUCUUAUCAUUCUGGACUUUUGCCUCUUUCAGAUCAGAAAAACCAAAGUUUGAAAAUCUCUGAAAAUCAGACCUAGACUUUCAAAAUAAAAGCUCUUCCUCUUCUGUCAUCAGCACGAAUGUCAGGAGGUUUAUUUUGAGAUCCACCUCGAACAACGACUUUGUUUAAAAUCCGUCACCAUGAGGGGGGGUAGAUAAGUGACAGAUAAGUGAUGGAUCACAGAGAGCUCAGUAAAGUGUUCAAUCUGGGGUCAUUUAAAUAUAUUAAAGGUACAGUACGCAGAAUUUAGCUGCAUUCAGUAGAUUAGACUCAGAAGCAGAAAUGAAAAUAAUACUCAAAAUGGUUCAUGAUCACUCAAAUAGAAGAAUGGUUUCAUUAUCUAUAUCAGCAGAAAGAGCAGGUCCUCCUCCAUAGAGGCCGCCGUCUUGUGCCGCCAUGUUUCUGCGGUACCACAGAACAGACGAGCGAACUGUGUUUCUGUUUUUAGUGAGUGAGCGAUGAAAUAUACGCCAACAGGAAGAAGAGAGCAGACGUCUUUGUGUGGAUAAAAACUGGACAGAUGGAGGGUCGUGACUUCACCUUUGACCUUUAAAAACUCUUUAUUUGUUGUCGAUAAAACAGCAGAAGUUCUUUGACUUUUAAACUGUUCAGAAAUGUGUUUAACAGCUGCGUCAUGUGGACGUUCAGUCUCGUUCCUGAUAAUCGAUUUCACGAAGAGUUCCUGUUUUAGAAACAUCAGAAAAACUCCUCACUGGAGCUUUAAUGAUAGGGUCUCUGUGUUCACAGGGGGGAUGGUGGUCCCAUACGAGGGUCAGUCCUUCUCCGCUCUGAAGAAACAGUGUCAGCAGAAUGGAGUCCUGUUUGAAGACCCUCUGUUUCCAACCAACGACCAGUCGCUGUUCUACCAGAGCAACCGCAUCGGCAACGUCACCUGGAAAAGACCCAAGGUGAGGCGCUCCACACGGCUUCACGUGUUUCCCUCCAAGAAUGCAGAAGAACAUUCGAGUUCGUCCUGAUUGGUCAGUCUCUGAGUUCUCCGCGUGGUCGGUCAGGUACAGACAAACGUUCACUAACCUGUGGGCUUCAGUCAGAGCGUGAUGGUGAGGAAGAGAGCGAGAGGAAGGCCAAUGAAAUCAUCUGUAAGUAACAAAAAUGGGUUUUCACGGCAGGGAUGGAGGCGAGGUCGACUGUUUUGGGAGUUUUACAGAGACAGAAAAACAAGAUUAUGAAGUAUGAAGGAGGAGGAGGAGGAGGAGGGUACGGUCUAAACAGAGAGAGCGGUAUUUCUGGUAUUUACCCCACUGACUUCCAAUCCUGACAGAGUUUGUCUGUCUGCAUGUUCACCAGUGGCGAUUGCUCUAAGACUGCAAGGGAAGCUCGGCUUCCCUUAAAAUGUCACCCCCCCAAAAAAAAGAAAAAGUGGUGAAAUACGUACGGCUGUGUGUACAUUUCAUUAACUAAAUACGCACUAGAAAGCCUUCAUCUUUUGUUCAGACACUGUGAUAAGAAGCUGAUAAUCACAGGUAACCGGCAUAACUUCGUUCUCAUUCAUCCUCGCAGCGCCUCAGCGCUUUAAACAGCCGGACGCUGGGCUUCUGCUGACUUCAAUGUGGAAGCUUAAAGUGGGUUGUUCCAGCAGCGAAACUAGACGCUCAUUGGAUAAAUGCUGGGCUUUGUCCCGCCCAAUGGAAGCUAAGCUUCACUGGAGUUCUAUGGCGAGAGGGCGGUCCUGACUUUCUCCUGGACUCCAAGCUUCUGCAUCCAUGAUUGGAUGAGCUGUCUGAGGAGAAAUCCUUUUUUGAUUGACAGCUAAACAAGCGAAUCAGCGAUCUUGAAGAAUAAAACAUCUACCAGAGCAUUUUCCAAGUUAUUCAUUCCGUUGUUCUUAACUGCUCCGGAGACUUUACCGAUCCUCAGCGACUGUUGUCUUUGUUAAAAACGACUGCCGUUGUGUUUGGCGACUCUGUUCUGUUACAUACUAAUAAACAAAUACAAUUAUGAUGUAGGCCAGAAAAAUGAGCUUCCCCUCCUUGAAAGACCAGCAGCCGCCACUGAUGUUCACACACUUUGUUCUGUUUACAGUUUGAACACAUAAUGAGGAACAUGUUUGGACUGUUUUAUAUUUACAUUUAGAGAGUUACUGAAGAAGUUCAGGUUCAAAGAUUUACUGAAACUGAACUGAAACUCCAGCGAUCGUCUGUCUGUUCAAAUAAGAGGUGAGAUGGUUGGAAUUAGAGCCCUCCAUGUUUGUUUCUAUGGGACCUUCAGUUUAUUUGUUCAUUCAGAUCUUUAUGAUCAAACUCUGUUUUUACUGGAGGAAGACUCAGAGCCUCAACGGUUUAUGUAUAAUAUAAUCUUCUUGUCAAUAAUUGAUGAUCAAAGUUGGUGAAUAAUUCAACAGGAAAGUUAAGCUCUCAGAUUAAUCAAUAUUAUUGAUUUGUCCAAAGAGAGAGAGAGAGAGAAUAAGAGAGAGAGAGAGAGAGGGAGAGAGAGAGGGUUUAGACUGUUUUAAAGUAUUUAUCAUAAAGAGAUAAAAAAUCAGACCUGAAGGUAAAAGACGUAAAAAUGUAAACGAGAACUUUAAAAAGUUUGAUCUUCUUCCUCAAAGUAAAAACACGGUUCAGUGUAACUCAGAGAGUCCAGACUGGAUCCACUUCAGCCUCAGUUCACAUCCUUAUUCACCGAAACUCUCCAAGAAGAAACGACUUCAAGGUCAUCCGACAGUAAAUCUUUGUUUUUCCCAUAUUUCUGUAGGUCUCUGUAGAUGUCAGGAGGACUCGAGUCCAGAGCAGCUCUUUCCUCUAUCUUAAAGAAACAUUUGUUGUGAAUUUGUGCCUCAUAAACAAAAAUUAAUUAAUAUGAUAUGAGUGAAAUUAGUCAAAGUCAAGUGUACUGCGUUUUUUAAAAGGUUAGCUGAAGAGAGAGAGAGAGACAGGGAGUGUGGAGAGGUGGAGAGGAAGGGAGAUGGAUAAAACCGCACACUACACCUUUAAUGAGUUUAACAAUUAGGAGUGUGUGUGUGUGUGUGUGUGUGUGUGUGUGUAUAGUCAUGCUUCUGUAUGUUUAAGUGAGUCCAGUAUGUGUACUUUAAAUAGUACCCCCUAAUUUGGAGUAGUACCCUCGUCGUAGAGCCCUCCUGGUCAGUCACAUGAUCAGUUUGUUCGUCCAUAAGAUCGUGAAGGAAAGACUCGAACACGACUGAACGGACUCAAAUAUAAACUGAAGAGUCUUCAGACAGAGUCGAGGAGAUGACCUGGACCGUCUUAGUGAAGAUGUUGUUCAUAUGUGGAGGUCCGUCUGUAGGUGGUGGUGGUGGUUUCGUGGUUUUGUUGGGUGUGUGUGCUCCUGGUUUAUCCCCGUCCUAUCAUUUGGCGUCCGUCCUGUUAGUCCGUCUUUCAUCCACCCUGUGGUUUCUUCUUCUUCUUCUUCUUCUUCUUUGUUCGUUUAAAGUCCAGAGGGUGUUUUUACUCGCUGUUUGUUCACCUCGGUAAAGUUGACGGAGCGCUCCGGUUCACGCCCUACAUCACAAUCACCCACACCUGUGAGCGGACCACCUGUGAACCUGCAGCAGAGAAAACAAAGUCUAUCGUUUUAUAAUCAGCUGUUUGAUGAAUCAUCAAACUGUAGAAAACAGGAGGAGUGUUUGUGAAGAUGUGGAGUUAGAUGGUUUCUGAGAUGUUUGACUUCUUUGGUCUGAAAGUCUCUGUGAUCACGUAGAUUUGAUGAUUUUUAACCCUUUCACCUUCGUUCUCUCUUAUAUUGAGACAGUAAUAGUUCUUUAUUGAGUCCGUCUGAACUUGUCUUUUAUUCUUGUAGGAUUUAUGCAGAGACCCUCAUCUGUUUGUGGACGGCAUCAGCGCUCACGACCUGCACCAGGGGCAGCUGGGAAACUGCUGGUUUGUAGCUGCUUGUUCCAGUCUGGCCUCCAGAGAAGCUCUGUGGCAGAAGGUGAGACACACACUACAACACCCAAAGAUCGCAACAGAGCAUGCUCACUGUCAAUGUGUGUGUGUGUCUUAGUACUGAUGUGCAUGAAGGGGUUGUGUCCAUAGGCGUGUGUGUGUUUGUGCGAUUUGUGUGUGUGUUCAAUUUAGAUUUAUCCGACAUGUCAAAGUUUCUCAGUCGAAGUCAGAUCGCUUAAAUAGAACUUGUUUGGAGGACUUCCUGGAUGGUGGUGGUCAAUAAAUAAGGUUGUUUGAGUGAAAUGAUUUUAUUCACACGGAUCUGUGGGUGAAGGUGUUCAAGGCUGCAGCUCUGAAAGUGUUACAGCUUUCCUCCAGUAGGUGGCAGCAGUGACCUUCUUUGGUUUUGGAGACCUCACAGACACGGAGAGUUUUGGACAGAGGGAAAGGAUCUCUUUUUUUUUAACUGAGUGAAAAAUAUGAAGUUUACAGCUUUUGUCUGAAGCGAUUUUAUAAAGUUUAUAAGUUUUCAUAGUUUAGUUUGACUCUUGUGUCAGGAUCUGAUCUAUAUUUAGAUCUUCAUAGAUGUUUUUAGAUGAUCUCCCCACAGUUUCCUCGUUUUUAAGCACAUCAGUUUGUUUUAUCUCCGUUUGAAAGUUGAACCUGUGAAACCUUCUGACCUCUGUAGGUCUCUGUGAGCUAUUUAAAGAUGGUUGGAGUGGAGGUUGUGUGUCCUCACAGCGUUUUUUCCACUGACGGUGAACUCGUUUCUCCUGUGGGGUCUCUGAGGACGUCUGCAGCUCUCCGUUUUCCAUCAGCUGAGAGGAAACUUCGGACUGUUUCAGGUGCCGCAGCCUCAGUGGAGUAGUCAGUUGUCGUGACGCCGAUCAGUGGUCCACAAACAAACACAAACCUCUGGUGUGAUAAAGACAACCACGAACUAAAUCUGAUGGCGUUCGUGACGACAUGUUUCCUGCUGACCUGAGGAGACCUUCAGAUAGAAACGUGCCGAGUGAACUUCCACACGACAAACUGAAAUACCAUCGAAUAACAAAAGUGUAUAAAUGUGAUGAUAAUGUACAAGUAUGCAGAGGAGUUUCUUUAAGAUUUACACGACUUAGGGUUUUAUGUCUUACUCCCUGUUUUGCCCACUUGUUUCCUCUCCUAUCUCACUUUUCUGCCCCCUUGUUUCCUCUCCUCUCUCCUUGUUUUACCCCCUCAUUUCCUCUCUUCUCUCCCUGUUUUGCCCCCUUGUUUCCUCUCCUCGCUCUCUGUUUUGCCCCCUUGUUUCCUCUCCUCUCUCCCCUGUAUUACCCCCUCGUUUCCUCUCCUCUCUCCCUGUUUUCCCCCUCGUUUCCUCUCCUCUCCCCUGUUUUACCCCCUCGUUUCCUCUCCUCUCCCCUGUAUUACCCCCUCGUUUCCUCUCCUCUCCCCUGUAUUACCCCCUCGUUUCCUCUCCUCUCUCCCUGUUUUGCCCCCUCGUUUCCUCUCCUCUCUCCCUGUUUUGCCCCCUUGUUUCCUCUCCUCUCUCCCUGUAUUACCCCCUUGUUUCCUCUCCUCUCUCCCUGUAUUACCCCCUCGUUUCCUCUCCUCUCCCCUGUAUUACCCCCUCGUUUCCUCCCCUGGCUCCCUCCGUCCUUGAACACCAAUGAGGACACACAGACAGCUGUCAGUCGAUAUUUAAUGCUCUCUGUCUCAUCGAUCUGUGUUUCUGUGUCAGGCCGACAGUCAUGUGAAUAUUUGAUAUCCCGCUCACAGCCUCUUCUUUUACAUAAACUUCUAUAACAAACAGAAAUCACUGGUUUUUUUCACACACAGGUUUACAGGAUUCGGUGAAGUCGGGUUCAUUUACAGCUGAAAUAUUGAGAUUGGUCAGAGUUUCUAAAGUCGGAGUUUUCUCUGUUUGUGGUCGAAGGAUCUGGAUUAUGAUGAAUAGUUUUUGGUUUGAUGGUUUGACGUUUAUUCUGCAGCAGGAACCACAGGAGGUUAAAUCGAGUCUCUGUUAUAAAGUGCAUUCAUUCAUUCACUCACUACUGUUCAUGUGUAGUGAUGUUGUUAGAAGUUUCGUUUUAUGAAAAUACUUCCUUUAAAGGUCAGAGUUCGCUCUCUGUACUGAUCUGUGAUUUUACUGGUUAAACUGUGUGACUCAGAGGUCGGAGGUCAGCGCUUACGUAACGUUAUGAUCCAGCUCUACUGCGAUGCCGUUAAAGGGUCAAAGGUCAACGGUUGGACAGAGUAUUGCAUACUAUUCGGAUAACCUACGUGGAUUAUACAGACAGGAAGUGGAACAGUCAGUUGUUUGCGGUGAACUCCACGGAGCAGCUGAGGUUGGAUUUCUCCGAGCCGUCCUUGAACGCAAACAGGAAGUACAUCACCUUCCUGACCUUCGCCAGCUCAGCGAUCCGUUCCCCGAACUCCUGCAUGUCGGCCUCCAGCCACUUGAGGGGCAGGUCCUCGGGGUCGUUGGCGUUCCUCCAGAAUGUUCCGAUGGGCUCGAGCAGCUGCCGGGUCAUCAGGUUGGUGAGGUCAGGGGUCCAGUGUUGGCAGAUCCCCGUGAUGGUGACUCGGCCGUGGCCGCUCAGGGAGAAGUACCAGCGUGAGAAGUUCAGCUCCUGGUCUUCAAAGUCCAGCCGAUACACGAACUCAUGAGGGAGGAGAAGACGCUCGCCGUCCUGACGCUUCUGCCCCGAGCGCUGCAAAGACGACACGCGGAGACGCAUCAUCUACGAAGACAAAGACACGACAGAGGAGCGAGUUAGUGUAACGAGGAAUGAGGAGGAAUGAGGAGGAAUGAGGAGACCUGAAGAGGAAGGAGCUGCGUUAGGAGAUGAGUUUGUUCAUGGAAUAUGACGCCUCCUCACCUCCUUGCCUUCCUCACCACCUAACCCCCUCAUUUCCUCACCUCAUCUCCCCCUUACCUCUCACCCAUUGCCUCCUUUCCUCCUCACCUCCUCACCUCCUUACCUCCUCACCUCCUAAACCGUCUCUCUGACUCUCAGAAACCUGCUCUGACUCAGGUCCACCUUUCUCACCUGUAGACGUGAACUCACCUUCUGAACCUGAAGGUUGUCGUGAAACUAUCAGAGCAGCUCAUGACCUUUGACCUCAGGGAUGACGCAGACCGUUAAUAACCACCCGGAAUGAUCCUUUAAAUGUUCAUAUUUUCAGACAAUUAUCUAAACGCACUUUCACAGUUUUCCAGGAUCUUCCCUGAGGUUCGAUUAUCCUGCUGUUUCCUUUAGAUCAUCUAUAAAUCAUUAAUAUUGAAUGAUGUUUUUUCAGUCUAAUAUUCAGGACAGAGAGUCUGUGCAUCAGUCCAAACAAACAAACCCAAAGAUCGAUUAUUAACAGAUUCAUUAAACCUAGAAAAUCUGAAUAAGUCCAAACUCUGCUGAAGAUUUCAGACCGUCGAUUUAAUCGGUUUGAUUAAAAAUAAGUUUGAGUGCCGAGUUCACAGCCUUUUUCGAUACUCUGAUAAGUCGACCAUCGAUGAUUAGUCCAGAGAAAAAUGAAAAAAACACCAAAGUAAGGAAACUCAAACAUGGACUCGACACACAGAUGAGUUUUGUAGAUGUAGCUGAAAAACAAACGCGUCUCUAAAAGUCUGACGUAAAGAAAAAUACAGAAGAUUUAGAAAUACUUCCACCAGAGAAACCCUGAAAACCUCUGAGACCCUCACGUCCUCCAAAACAGAGAGAAUCGGAUCAUCCCCAUCAUCUUCUGAAGAAACACAAACAUUAAAGUCCUAAAGUUUUCAGAGCCUCACCUCCGUCAGCGCAGGAUCCUCUUUGAACUCCAACAGGAUGGUGUCAGAGGGAGAUUUGUCAGCGUCCAUGUCCGACUCUGAGGUUCUGGUCCGGGGUGAAGAAGAAGAAGAAGAAGAAGAAGAAGAAGAAAGGUCAGCUGGUGGAUGUGAGGAUGGAUGAUGUGCCUGAAAAACCUCGGCUAGGAUCUCUAAAAUAUACCCUCCCCUCUCUCUCUCUCUCUCUGUCUCACCUUUCUCUCUGUUCUGAUUGGCUCACAUGUUUCCUCUUUAGCUCCUCCCCUCUUUAAUUGUCCCCAUCACAGUGUAGCAGUUUUUCACUUUGUCCCAGACCUCCCCAUCCCCCCGUGUGCCCACGGGGAAGCCGAGUUAGGACACAUCGAUCGGAAGCAUCAGUCCAUGAGAUCAAUAUGACAACAGGAACAGGAAGAGCAACACUCGUCUCUAUCCUGACGAGUCUGCAGGGUGACACAUGUGCAGUCCGUGUGUCUGAAUGUGUAAAAGUGUGAAAGUGAAGAAAACUUCAUCCUGACCGGCAGCAGCAGCAGUUUUUAUUCUCCACUUUUAGAGGUUCAAACAUGAAAAUACUGGGAUGUCUCUUUAUUCUGGCAGUACCACAAAAACAGGUCUGAGUAUGAAAUGGAAAUACUCUGAUGGAUUUUUUAAAAGGCAUUAAGGAGGUGGGUGAUGUGUGAGGGUGCUAGGCAACAGAAGGCACCCGUGACGUACUCUGGGAGGCUCCUGAAGGCUUCUGGGAGCUGGGCUGGCCUUGGCUCAGUGGAUGACUUAUUUAUUUAUAUCAUUCACUUUAGUGAGGAACAAUUAGGAGUGUGUGUGUGUGUGUGUGUGUCAGCGGCGAUGGUGCGUUGAAGCUCGGCUAACGAUCAGGGUGGGUGGCGUUCCCUUGUUAAAAGGUUGAAAUCCUCCGUCGCUCGUGUUAAUUAUGGAAGCAGACGAUUCGUCGAGGGAAACAGGUAGACUGAUGUUUGUGAACCUUUUUAUUUCCACUUCCUGUCUAUGAGGUGAAGUAUGCAGUACCUGAGUGGAGGAGGCGGGGUGAGGGGGUGGCAUCCCCCCCUGAAAUGAAAAUGGUCAAACUCCUCCCCCUUCUUAAACGGUCAUCCCAGCUGUCCAUCAUUUAAGACAUUUUUGUGGUCGUCGUUUUCUUCAGGAGGGAAGUCCAGACAGCCCUCACCCCGGCCACCUCCACCAGCUCCUCCUUUGGGGGGGUUCCCAGGUGCUCCCAGGCCAGGCGAGAGAUACAACCCCUCCACCUGGUCCUGGGCCGACCACGAGGUCUCCUCUAACGGAGGCGUCCAGAAGGCGUCCUAACACCUCAGCUGACUCCUCUGGACGUGGAGGAGCAGCGGUUCUCCUCUGAGCUCCUCCCGAGUGUCCGAGCUCCUUACCCUAUCUCUAAGGCUGAGCCCGGACACCCUGAGGAGGAAACCCAUUUCAGCCGCUUGUAUCUGCGAUCUUGUUCUUUCGCUCAUUACCCAAAGUUCAUGACCAUAGGUGAGGAUCGGCACGUAGAUCGACCGGUAAAUCCAGAGUCUCUCCUCGCGGCUCAGCUCUUUCUUCACCACUGGAGACAUUUUAUGUGUAAAUACUUCUAAUAAUUGGAAAUAUUACCACCAUUUCAACGUUUGGGGGGUGUGACGCAGCAGGGUCACAUGUGAAAAAGACGACAGGAAGUGGCGAGGCAGCGCUGGUGACGCUGUUGUGGUUUCAGUCUCGUGUCCGAGCGUCAUGGACAGCUGAUCUGAGGGAUAUUAUGAUAAUUAUCUUUGUGUUUUAGUCACGAUAAAAACAGGAACACGGUUGGUUCUCCACUUUGUGAACUAUCAUCAGGUCAAGAUAUCUGUCCAAACAAUAAAAUCCACCAUCACCUCGAUUUACGACUUCUUGAAGCGCCGAUAUUCCUGCGAAGUCUCCAAACAUUCGUCCUUCUCUGUAUCUCUCCUUCCUGUUCAGGUUCGUGUGUUUCUUCUGUUUCUCCAAGGUGAUUCCAGACUGGAAGGACCAGGAGUGGGACGAGGACCACCCAGAGUCCUACGCCGGGAUCUUCCACUUUCGGUUUUGGCGGUUCGGUGAGUGGGUGGACGUGGUGAUCGACGACCAGCUGCCCACGGCGAACGGAGGGCUGAUCUACUGCCACUCAAACGACAGCAACGAGUUCUGGAGCGCGCUGGUGGAGAAGGCCUACGCCAAGUGAGUCCAGGAGUGAGGCUGAUAAUGAGCACACAACCAAUCAAUCAAUCAAUCAAUCAAUCAAUCAGUCUUUAUUUAAGUGUCUUUCUUUAAUUUAUGACUAAUUUCUGCAGCAGAAUUUUACAGAUUUGAGGGCGGACGUACAGAGAAUGAUAAAAAUCUGAUUAAUGAGUUAAAAAUGAGUAACUGCUCCGUGUUUGUCCAGGAUGAGCGGAUGUUACGAGGCGCUGGACGGGGGAAACACAUCCGACGCUCUUGUGGAUUUCACCGGAGGAGUAUCGGAGCCCAUGGACUUGGUGACCAACGGGUUCAAAGACGACAAAGAGAAACGGGAUGAGCUGUUCGAGAGAGUCCUGAAGGUCCACAACAGAGACGGACUCAUCAGCUGCUCCAUACGGGUGAAGAAACCACAGAAACACACGGAGGAGCUACAUCUGUUCAUGAACUGACUGAAACUCUGCUCUGAUUGGCUCCUGUGAUUUUAGGCCCUGAGCGCCGCAGACAUGGAGGCCAAGCUGGACUGCGGUCUGGUGAAGGGACACGCCUACGCGGUGACGGACGUCCGCAGGGUGAGGCUGGGCCACGGUCUGCUCGCCUUCUUCAGGUCCGACAAACUGGAAAUGAUCCGACUGAGGAACCCCUGGGGAGAGAGAGAGUGGAACGGACCCUGGAGUGACGGGUGAGAGAGAGAGAGAGAGAGAGAGAGAGAGAGAGAGAGAGAGAGAGAGAGAGAGAGAGAGAGAGAGAGAGAGAGAGAGAGAGAGUGGAACGGACCCUGGAGUGACAGGUGAGAGAGGGAGAGAGAGAGAGAGAGAGAGAGAGAGAGAGAGAGAGAGGAACGGACCCUGGAGUGACAGGUGAGAGAGGGAGAGAGAGAGAGAGAGAGAGAGAGAGAGAGAGAGACACUGUGGGGGAGAGAGAGAGAGAGAGAGUGGAACGGACCCUGGAGUGACAGGUGAGAGAGGGAGAGAGAGAGAGAGAGAGAGAGAGAGAGAGAGAGAGACUAUGGGGGAGAGAGAGAGAGAGAGAGUGGAACGGACCCUGGAGUGACAGGUGAGAGAGAGAGAGAGAGAGAGAGAGAGAGAGAGAGAGAGAGAGAACGGACCAAGAGUGACAGGUGAGAGAGAGAGAGAGAGAGACUAUGGGGGAGAGAGAGAUAGAGAGAGACUGUGGGGGGAGAGAGAGAGAAAGAGAGAGAGAGAGAGAGAGAGAGAGAGACUGUGGGGGAGAGAGAGUGGAACGGACCCUGGAGUGACAGGUGAGAGAGGGAGAGAGAGAGAGAGAGAGAGAGAGAGAGAGAGAGAGAGAGAGAGAGAGAGAGAGAGAGAGAGAGAGAGAGAGAGAGAGAGAGAGAGAGAGAGAGAGAGAGAGAGUGGAACGGACCCUGGAGUGACAGGUGAGAGAGAGAGAGAGAGAGAGAGAGACUGUGGGGGAGAGAAAGAGAGAGAGAGUGGAACGGACCCUGGAGUGACAGGUGAGAGAGAGAGAGAGAGAGAGAGAGAGAGAGAGAGAGAGAGAGAGAGAGAGACUGUGGGGGAGAGAGAGAGAGAGAGAGAGAGAGAGAGAGAGAGAGAGAGAGAGACUAUGGGGGAGAGAGAGAGAGAGAGAGAGACUGUGGGAGAGAGAGAGAGAGAUAGAGAGACUGUGGAGGAGAGAGAGAGAGAGAGAGAGAGAGAGAGAGAGAGAGAGAGAGACUGUGGAGGAGGGAGAGAAAGAGAGAGAGAGAGAGAGAGACUGUGGGAGAGAGAGAGAGGGAGAGAGAGACUGUGGGGGAGAGAGAGAGAGAGAGAGAGAGACUGUGGGGGAGAGAGAGAGAGAGAGAGAGAGAGAGAGACUGUGGGGGAGAGAGAGAGAGAGAGAGAGAGACUGGGAGAGAGAGAGUGAGAGAGAGAGAGAGAGAGAGAGAGAGACUGUGGGGGAGAGAGAGAGAGAGAGAGAGAGACUGUGAGAGAGAGAGAGGGAGAGAGAGAGAGAGAGAGAGAGAGAGAGGAACAGGAGUAAUGAAAAAGGAGAGUCUCUCGUCCUCCUCAGUCCAGUUUGUUCACAGAUUUAUAAAUAAAGUUUGUUUUUACCUCAAACAUCUGAAGUUCAGACAGUCACUGUGUUAGAAUCAGAGUUUUGAUCAUGAAACUAAAGAACAACCAUGACUAUAAGAAGAACAGUCACCUGAGGAGCAGACAGGAUCUCUGACAGAUACAGAAGUGUGAAAUAUCUUCAUUAAUGAAAAUAAAACUGCGUCCUUGUCAAAGACUUCAUACUCAGGAUGGAUUCUGUGUGUUUGCAGCUCUGAGGAGUGGAAGAAGGUCAGUAAGGGGGAACGGGAAAAGAUCGGAGUCACUGUGCAAGACGAUGGAGAGUUCUGGUGAGUCCAGACAACACUGCCCCCUGCUGGCAGACUCAGUACCUUGAUGUAGUGGAUUUAGUUUGUAAAUAUAUUCUGCUGGUUUGAACACCUGUUGUUGAGUUUCUGAAUCUUGUAUUAUAAAUAAUGUUUGGUUACCAUGGUAACCCCUAUCAAACCUCGCUCAGUAUCUCACUAUGGAAGACAUGUCCCCCGUGUCUGUCCUCCUUCUACUGCAGAUUUACACGGCUGCUUCAGUGAACACAGAGGGGGGGGCAGCGCAGCGUUCAAGGGCGUCAGUUUGUUGGGGGGGGGGGUAACUUUGGGAUGAUGACUGUAACUGGUUUUACUUUUGGUAAGGCUACUAUAGUUCAUGUAACCAACGAACGCCCCCUUGCACAUGUUUAUUACACGGGAUAAUCUCAGGGUUAAACAGGUGUUCUGACUCACCACAGGUAGAAUCAGAAGAAGAAGCUCACUCACAGCUUCAACUUGGCACAGACGCAAAUUUACAACAGCUGCACGUUUUUGUUUUCCUCGAG